UUGUGUCCCUUUAAGAAUAUUGUCCAAAAAUAACCAUUUGAAAAAGUGGGAUCCCUAGCUAAAAUAUAAAACUAUUUUUUUGUUAAUGGAUUGCUGUUCCGAGAUGAAUAAGAAAAUGACAAUAACGGUAUGUAAAUUUACGCACAUUAAAGUGAUGGGAUAUUUAGCAGUACAGUGUCGUAACAAUAUGUAAAUGUGAGCUUAGUGCCAACGCACACUAAUUAUAGCUACACUAUUUGUUUGCAAGCUUCCAUAUUAUCCCUAGACUAAAAGUGUUAUUCACUAAACUCUGAAUGGCCUGUAUUGAACACUGCCAGGUCCUGAUUUAAAAUGUCCAAACUACUUGCUUACUGGCAGUCAAUACGUUUUUAAGCACUGCUGGGAUAUUAAGUGUGCAGCCACUGGCUCUUUAUCAUUUAGUAGAUUUGCCUGAACCUGAUUAAACUAGAAAGUAAAAAGGCAAGUUGAUUAGAAAUGUGUUCUAAGAUCAGCUUCUUUUACAGGUCCCAUCCCUAGGAGGUGAUGGCCGAGGGCGCGCUAUUUGAAAAGACAUCCAAAAAAGGAACACUGACCAGUGGAGAAUCCCCAGGAGACCUUGUGCAGAAACUGCGAACCAAAAUAACCAAGUCGGUGCAAUGUAAAGUGGACAGUAUACUGCUUGAUGUACAGAAGCUCACUGACAAUGACAAGCUUUACCUAUAUCUCCAGCUUCCACCAGGACCCAGUGCCCCAGAAAAAAGCAGUUUGGACAUAAGUUCUGUGAGCACUGCUGAGCACAUGUAUGCCUGCACAUGGAUCCGAAACCAUUUGGAGGAGCAUACGGAUACCUGUCUGCCAAAGCAGGACGUCUACAACGCGUACAAGCGGUACUGUGACAAUCUAUGUGGACGUCCACUCAGCGUGGCAAAUUUUGGGAAGAUCAUACGGGAGAUUUUCCCUAAUAUAAAGGCCAGGCGCUUGGGAGGAAGAGGACAGUCUAAAUACUGCUACAGUGGCUUGCGCAGGAAGAGCAUGGUGAGCAUGCCGCCAUUACCUAGCCUGGAUCUUAAAAUGGCAGAAAGUUCUGAGCUUACAGACCUGGUGCAAUCGUACAAUAACGACGUAAUAAAUGCCUCCUGCUCGCUAAUCUGUAACUGGGCAGAGAAAAUCCUGAAGCGCUCUUUUAAUAAUGUGGUUGAAGUUGCUCAGUUCCUGAUACAGCAGCACAUCAUAAAUCCCCGGAGUGCAAAUGCAGAGCUGGUCCUGUCUAUGGUUCUGUCUGACAGUUCUCAAAGUGGUGGUCAGAAAACAGUGAAACAGAAUAUGGACGUUUCUGGGAGCAAGGCUCCUGCCUCCCCUGAGAGUGGAACUGACACUUCAGCUAAGAACAAGAAGGUCACCAACACUCUCCCAGGAAGCCCCCAACAGGUGAAAAAACGCCCUCCUGAAACACAGAAGGUGGUCAACAGUCCACAGGUGGAUGCUCUGGUGGCUCGACUCCCAGUACUACUUCCCCGUCUUGCUUCAGAGGAGAAAUUUUUGAAUGCCAGCCCAUCUAUUCGUUUCAACCCUCCAGUUUUGGCACCAAAUAUACUCCCUGCACCAUUAAAAGUGUCCCCUCUCCCUUUUACCGCAGUUCCAUCUGGUGUUCCUCUCACUGUAACUGCAGGAAUGAAUGGGACUGGACUUGUGUCUCAGCCAGUUGCACCACAAGUUAUAAGCAUGAUUAUACCGGACAGAGUUAGUUUGGAAGCACAUUCCCUCCCAAAAUCUACUCAGAAUGGUGGUACCAAAGAUACAACAGUUUUGGGUAGUGGAGAAACCAGAGGGACUAAGCGCCAAUCCGUGUCCUCCGCUGUUGGUGGUGGGGAGGGACUUUCAAAAAGAAAGCGUGGUCGCCCCAGGAAAGUAGACGUAUCAUACAAACCUUCCACCCAAGCACCAUUAAACACAGAUAGGAUAGUUGGAGAGACUGCUAGCUCUGCUCAGACUAAGGAUGCAAAUAAAGACACUGUCUGCUGUCCUGUCACACAAGCUGCCAAUGCAAUACCCUUCGCACAGGAAAAGCUAAAUGAGGCAUUACAUUCUGCAGCACAAAAAGAGCUCAAGGAUAAUUCAGAAAUGCCACCAAAGGUACCAGCCACAGUCAAGCCCACAGAGCAACAAGACGAGUUGUCUGCAAUAGAUAUAAGGAACCCUGGAGAUGCAGCCCCCAUUCAAGUGAGUGUGAUACAAGAUGGUAGGGUGGCACACUGGACGGUAAAGAGAGAACUGAUUGAGAAGAAUCAAGAGGUAACUCUGGAAGAGUCUAGUACAGACAUCAGGAAGGGAAACUUAGAGCCUCUAGAAGACAAGGCUGAACAGCUUUAAUAGCUUUCUGGCACGACAUUCUAAAAUGUUUUCUGUAAAACCUCACAACAAGAACAAUGCUGCUGGUAAAAGUCCAAGACACAUACCUUCUUCCAUUGCAAAUAGACGGUGCAUUCGGCCCUGGUGCCAGAACAGGGAUAAGGAGCAAUCUGUGCGUUAGAGCAGGUGGAAAACAGCCAUAUACAUAUCUGCUUGUUUGGAUAUCUACAGCAACCUCUACUUGUUGCUAGUGGGAACCUGGCAGACAUCCCCUACCUUCCCCAUAAAAUAAUGCUUUGUGUUUAAUAUCAAGACUUUCAUCUGUGGAGUAAAAUAAAUGUAUUGUAUUUAAUUCACUUGUAAAAUAUAACCGUUUAAUUCAUAUGGAUACAAGUGUACAAAACGAGGUCAAGUUCUCUGUGUUCUAGUCAGAGCAAUGGGAAGUUCUUGUUAAUUGGGAGAAAGUGUACUGAUAUAUUGUGGUUUACUGUCAUAAAUGUGAGAGCCUAUCUCAAAACGAAUGAGAGUUUCCAUGGUGUUUGCGUCACCUUUAUUACUCUGACACCUAACUGCUUGUUAUACAGACUCAUUGGGUUUCCUCGGACACUUACUGACUGAUCAGUGACAGUGUACUAUACUGACAAGAAUGUGUGAGUGCCUGUGUGAGUUUGAGUUCCAGCAUGUGUCUGUGAAUCUGUGCAUUUAUUGAGCAUUUGUGCUGAGUAUGUGCUUGUAUCCUAAUAUAUAUAUUCAUCUAAAUCUGUGGUUUCUCACCCUACAUGUCUGAAUAUCAGUGCUUGGUGUGAAUGGGUAUUGUGCCUGUGAGUGCCAGGUCAUGUUGGAGUGCCAGUAUGUGUUUGUGAGUGCAAGUUCUUAGUGCGAGUGCCUUUUUGUUAGUCACAUUAUAGAUCUCGGAGUACCUGUACGUUUUGCAUUGAAUUUCUCAUGCUGUGAACUCUUGUGUGACUAAUACGUUUGCUCACUAUUUACUGGUCUCCGCUUAUAUAAUCCUUUCUUGAAUGGAAAUUCAGUUUUAAAAAACAAGUCUACUGGUUGAAUUUACACGAGGGUGGAAAUAAAUCAUCCCAUCAUUAAAUUACUUUAUUGAAUUUCAUAUCUAUUGCUGGGCAAAAAAUAUAAAAUGCUAAAUUUAUUGCCGAGGCCAUUUAAUCUGCCAAACUCUUAUUAACUAAAAAAAAUGGACUGAAAUGUAAUAACAUAGCUGUGUAGUGGAACAAAAUCCUGCAUGGGUUUAUAAAUUAUAAUUUUAUUUCUAUAUUUAUUAAUUUUAGUUUUUUGCUCUGUACACAGUUAAUAUCUGUCUAAAGUGGUGGUUGCCAAACCAAUCCUCAUGGCUCAGCAACAGUCACAGAUUUAUGUAUUUCCCUUUUUCUUUUCUUUUCUUUUUCUUUUUUUUUUGACAAUUUUAAAUUUUAAAGCUAUUUUCAGCAAUAUUAUAAUACAGAAAAAUGAAAAUAUUGUAAGAGUCAAGUAACGACAACGGUCCAGGUGCAUUGGUUAUGAAUGGUUACACACAAACAACACCCACCGGAUUUCACAUUUUAGCAUGAAAGGUAUUUAAGCUUGCUCAGGUCAGAUAUCGCAUAUCCGCUAUGUAACUGCCCGGAG